AUGAAUACCGCCAACCCCCACUUCCACGGAAGCCGCCAGCCUGCCGCUGUUGUAACCGCCAAGACCUCGUCAUCCCCUGCCCUGACCCUCAAGCCCAUCUCAGACGAGGGCAGGGACGCCCAGAAGGCCAAGGACGCCCAGCCGCCCACGCCCACGGCCAACGGCAGCGAUGCGACGGCGGACGGGGGGCUACAUGUACAUGAUGGAGAGGGCGGGGGAGGGACUGGUGAUGUGGCGGUGUCGCGGAUGGAUAGCUCUGCGUUCAAGGCGCUGUGUGGCAGGGCCGGCGAGACCAAGAAGAGGGGCGACAUCAACUGGCAGCUUAACAGGACUCGGUAGGCAAGGCGGACAGCGCAGAGCAGACCCCGACACGUAUACAUAUACAUGUAUGUUAUGUGUGUAUGCAUGCAUGUAUGUCCUGCAUGUGUGUCCUGUUGUCUUGUCUGUCCCUGCCUGCGUGUGUCAGCAUUGCGGUGGCCGAGUGGGAGGCGGCCUUGAAGCUGCUAGAGUCCCUGCCCUGCGCGUCGCUGCCGGCCCCCAAGGACACUGACGAGAGAUUCUGUGCGAGGUGAGGUCACCGACCGACCAACCGACCGACCGACCGACAGGCCACACGCACAUCUAUCUGUCUUGUGUUGUGUGUGUGUAUUGGGUGUUUGGUCAGUUGUUGGCGGGCGACGCCGAUGCGGCCCAGGAGGACACCAGCAAGGAGGACGAGGCCACCCCCGAGCCCCUUGCCACCGAGCCCCCCGCCCCCGAGCAGGCAGCGGCCACCGCCCCGAAGAAACAGAAGAAGAAGAAGAAGAAGAGCACCAACAAGAACAAGAACAAGGACAAGGCGCCAAAGGAGGCGGCGGGGGAGACUCUGCCAUCCGAGGCCCCCUCUCUUGUCCCCGCCAAGACGCCGUCAUCCCCUGCCCUGACCGUCUUCAAGCCGCCCAUCCUUCCAGAGGAGGCCAAGGACGCCCAGAAGGGCAAGAAGAAGCCGCCCACGCCCACGGCCAACGGCACCGAGACCGCCCUCGAGGGAGCGGCCACCGGCAACAAGAAGAAGAUGGCAUUGGUGCCUACAUUUUAUAUCCAGACGAGAUUUUAUCUCAUACCCAGAGGUAUCCGCAGGUCUGCAUCUUUGGAUUCAUGUGUAUACAGCAUGAAUAUAUGCCUCCUUCUUGGGUGUCGUAUGUGUGAGGCUGCCCAGGAAGGAGCCCGCGUGUGUUACGGCCGCUCAAGACAGGGCGACUUCGCCCAUGGCUGCCUACAUUUUAUAUCCAUAGUUUCAUUCUUCAAUCGAUUGCCCGUCGACUCAUACAUACAAGCGCUUCUACAAGAACAUUUCCACAAAAGGUACACACUUUAUCGCCACAUCUAGCCAGCUAGAUUUUGUGUGUCCCCAUGUCUGUCUCCGCAUUCGUUGUGCUUUAGGUCGGUAUCAGCUUGAUCGAAUAUAUGGGGGGCCUGAUCCAAUGGUGCACUAGUUCGAGGGCCCGAUGUGGACAAGAAGCGGUCCGAGAUGCUGAGACUCACCGUACACGUCCUUAUGCGCGUCGAUGUGAUUUGUGUGUGCCUUGGCUCCCUGUCUGUGGUGGUGGUGUGUCAGGCGAGUUCCGUGUCAAGAUUAGCGAGUUGGACGACAGCCUAAAGAUGGCGCUUGCCAACGGCAAGGGCAACAGCACCACCCUAGACGACCACUCCGUCAUGGCCAUACUGGAGACGUCCUUCGCCGACACAUCCUUCAUGAAGAGCCUCCAGAGCGCCCUCCAAUUCGGCACACAGCUCCUCGUCGAGGUAAGAUGACCAAAUAGCAUCUCACACCCAUCCCCCCCAUCCAUCCACACGUGUGUGUGUGUGUGUGUGUCCUGUCUGGCAGGAUGUUGAGCGUGUGGAUCCCAUACUGCUGAACCCGGUGCUGACCCGCAAGCAGGGCGGGCGUGUGCUCCUCGUCCAGGUGGGUGAGCUUUGAAAGCACAGACAUCUUCAAUCUAUGUGUGUCAGGCCCAGGACAACGUGCCCCAUGUGACCAAUCAAUCAACACAGACACACACAUACACACACACGCACUCACACAGAGGGAGAAGGCAGUGCUGCAGGCAGGUGUCUGACUGUGUGUCUCUUAUGUUGUAUGGUCUAUAUCAGGAUUGGACACACCCUCUCGUGGCCAGGUCUGUGGUCCUCACUCUCAAGAAGAUCAUCAAAGCCAAAGGCAAACACGACCCACAACACACAGGCACUAAACCGACAUGCGUCCAGCCUGUAUAUGUCUUGUUCAGCUGCGGGCCGCAGUUUGGUAUGGCUAGGUGGGUUGCUGUGGCCGGAGGCCGUCUCCCUAGCGACGGCCACCGGCCACACGACUUAGAGGCCGACCCAUGACCCCUCUACCACCUUGUCCAAGACCGCGCAGAAGGCCGAGCAGGAGGAGAAGGCCGAGGACGACGCGGGUGCUCUGAAGGAGGGGGGCAGGCGGAUGUCCAACCAUGCCCGGCGAAUACAAGAGGGAAUCAGGGGGAGAGAGGAGCGAGAGGCCGCAGAGCAGAGGAUAAGGGCGGAGAGGGUCGCAGCGCGAAAGGAGAGGAAAAGGCUGGGGAAGCCGCAAAGAAGAAGACGGCCAAGGAUGAGAAGGAAAGAAAAGGCUGUAGGGAAGGCAGGCCUGAAGUGCUUCAUUUGACGCUUGUUUGUCAUAUUCCCUCAGGAAUGCAGCUGCCGUCUGCGUCGACCAAGAUCGAGGCACCCAGCCAAGUGCCUAAGUUCGUCGCCGCCCCGGCAGGUGAUUGUUGGCAACGUAAAGCGUGUCCUUGAUCCCUAUGGCUACUCUCUAGAGGACAUCCAAGAGCUUGUCGAGAUAUGCGGAUACGACCAGAGAGAGGUACGUACACACACCUGCAGCCAGCAGACACACGAGACACCAAAGCUCAUCACACACACACUCCCAUUUACCGCAUGAAUCAUCUGUGGGUUUCCCUCCCUUCCUUGACUCCUUAGGUCGAGAUUGCUGUGUGGAACAUCUUGCAGGACCAGAAGGGCCACGAGAGCGGGAAGCCACCACGCGAGAGCGGGCCAAGGCCAAGCGCGAGGAGUUGCAGAAGGAGCAGCAGGAGGCCGCCAAGCAGCGCCACAUACCCGGCCUCACGGCAGCUCCCACUGCGAACGCAUACGGAAGAGGGAGCUGCGGUGACGUGAAGCGGAGAUGGGUCGUGAAGGGAGCGAUUCCGACAUGAAGCUGCUCGAGAGGGCGGCAUGGACAUCAUGAAGGCAGUCGGCGUGCACCCACCUGCUGCUGCCGCCGAGGCUGCAGCGCCCAAGCCUUCUCAGCCCUGCCGCAGACUUGCACCGCCUGCCACCGUCCGGCCACCGCACCCCGGCAAGAUAUGGGUCGUGAAGCAAGCGGCGACAUGAAGCUGCUGUGUGUUUAUGUUUUGCGUGUUUGUGUUUAUGGUUUGUGAUGUGGGGGUCUUGCUGAGACCUGCCCCAAGGCCGCCAAG